UGGCGAACAGAUACAAAAAUUGUUCGAUAUGCAACAGCGAACCCAUGAAGAAAACCAACAACCUCCUCCACAAGCUAGACACGAUAACUCGCUUACCGUGUAUGAGAAGUUUCGUAAAAUGGAACCGGUUGAUUUCUAUGGUGGGUCUGAUCCUAUGGUUGCAGAAGAAUGGGUUAAAUCUCUAGAUGUCAUCUUUGAUUACAUGCGUAUCGAAGAUUCCGAAAAAGUACUUUGUGCCAUUUUCCUAUUGAAGAGAGAAGCUAGAACUUGGUGGGAGGGUACAAAACAUGCAGUGGAUAUGGAGAAGUUGACAUGGGAGGCAUUCAAAACAAUCUUUUAUGACAAGUAUUUCACGAGGGAUGCUCGGUCACUCAAAGUUAAAGAGUUCUUAGAAUUGAAGCAGAAUGAAAUGUCCGUAUGUGACUACGUGCGAAAAUUCGAGGAGGGUUGCAAGUAUGUACCUUACAUAGCCAAAGAUAACAAAGAAAAGAUUGAUCACUUCAUGAGAGGCCUCAACCCAGUUAUUAGAAAAGAUGUAAGGAUCUCUUCUCCAAACGAGUUUCGACAAGUGGUGGACAACGCAUUGAUGGCUGACUUUGAUGAGAAGGAAAUUCAGAAAUUUCAUCAACAGAAGAGGCAAACUUUUACUCAAAGAACUCAAUCUCAAUGGAAGAAACCAGAGCAAAAACAGGCCAAGUAAAUGAGAAACGCCCUAGAGUUGUACAAAGUUCUACUACAGUUGAAAAGCCCAAGUGUGCCACAUGUGGGAAGAAUCAUUUUGGAGAAUGCUAUAGCGGUUUAAAUCGUUGCUUCAAGUGUAAGAAGCCAGGGCAUAUUGCAAGGAAUUGUCGCACCCCACCAGUCAAAGUUCAAGCGAGAGUGUACGCAAUGACUAAAGAACAAGCUGAUGCAGAUGCAUCCGUUGUCUCAGGUACUAUUUUGAUUUUAGGAACUCCAGCACUUGCAUUAAUAGACUCAGGAUCUACGCAUUCAUUUGCAUCACAUUCAUUGGUGAGGAGAUUGGGCAUUAUACCAGAUACGUUAGAUGUGAUGUACAAUGUGACGACUCCGUCAGGGGAAGAGAUGAAUUCCAACCAAAUGUUGAAACAUUGUUCUAUUCAGAUAAGUGGUAGAACACUGUGUGCGGAUCUUGUUGUUUUACCUGUCGCAAAUUUUGAGACUAUUUUGGGCAUGGAUUGGCUUACAAAAUAUUAUGCAACCAUUAAUUGUAAUCGGAAGGUUGUCAUCUUCCAGCCACCUGGUGAAGAACAUUUCGAGUUUGGCAGUCAUUCACUUUCAUCUUGA